AUGAAGUUUAAAUUACUACUUUGUUUUGUUGCUUUAUUAACAUACUACAAUGUCAAUGGCCAAAAUCGAGCAAAGGGACUUGAGGAAAAAAUACAACAGCUAACAGAUAUGACAGCGAAACAUUCAGUAAUAUCGCUGAAUUUAAACAAGUUUAAGGAUUACGUGAAGUCUCCGCCAAGAGAUUAUUCGUUUAUUGUAAUGUUUACAGCUAUGGCUCCUUCAAGGCGUUGUGCUAUAUGCCAACAUGUUUAUGAUGAAUAUUUAAUAGUUGCAAACUCCAUGCGUUAUGCACAAGGGCAGGAUAAUAAACUAUACUUUGGAAUGGUUGAUUUUGAUGAAGGCUCAGAUAUCUUUCAAAUGCUGCGUCUCAACACAGCCCCAGUAAUCAUGCACUUCCCAGCAAAAGGCAAGCCCAAACCAGCUGAUUCUAUGGACUUUGAAAGAGCUGGUAUCCAUGCUGAAGCUAUUGCUAAGUGGAUUCAUGAUAGGACUGAUGUUCAGAUUGUGGUGUUGCGUCCACCGAACUACUCAGGCGCAGUAGCAUUCUCUAUGUUAUUCAUACUUGUAGCAGGGUUCUUGUAUUUGCGAAGGAACAAUCUGGAAUUUCUGUACAAUAAGCAACUGUGGGCAAUCGGAGCUGUAUUCUUCUGCUUUGCUAUGGUGUCCGGACAAAUGUGGAACCAGAUUAGAGGUCCACCAUUUUUCCAUAGGACAAAGAAUGGACCUGUAUACAUUAAUGGAGGAUCUCAUGGCCAGUUCGUAUUGGAGAGCUAUAUUGUAGCGAUUUUGAAUGGCGCUGUAGUAGUCGGUAUGAUACUAAUGAUAGAGGCGGCAGGAGGAGUGAAAGGGACAGAUAUACAAAGGGCACAGGAGGGAAAGAGACGGCGUUUCCAGUCCGUUGUAGGGCUUGUGUUGGUGUCCGUGUUUUUCUCUCUCCUUCUCUCCGUAUUCAGAGCUAAAACUCAAGGCUAUCCAUAUAGCUUCCUAUUCAAA